CAUGUCUGUCCUCAAGACCAGCGUUCAACGUUGUAGACGACGAAGAGCCCCAUGCUCGCCUCAUCGAUCAAUAUAUGCGCACAUUAUCCCCGUUGACCCUCGGCUCGUCUUGUCCCUGACCCACCUGAUACACUUAGCACCCGCUAGCAUGCAUUAGCGCACCCUGAGGGUGACAUCCUCAAUCCCCCCUCUGCCUCCAGCAUAACACGUUUCCAGUCGGCUCAACACGGCUUUAAUCCUCGCUUUUUGAAGCCCCCUCGAAUCACUCACCCCCAUUUCUCUCGUGCGCCUCAAUUUGCUCGCUCCUCACCUCCAGAAGAUUCGCUUGGACGUCAUCGGUGAGAAAAGGGUAUCAGAAGCAGCCCCGGCACAUCUUGGGACCGCCUAACCACUCACGAGAACGCCAGUCGUGUGUACUAGUGCCGAACUGGGUUGAGUAGUUUGGACCUAUGUACGUGGCAAUGGCGCAAUUUGUCAGCUCCAAAGGGCUCCAUAUUGGAAUCUCAUCUCUAUAUACCAUCCCAGCUUCACCCCCUCGCUCUUGAAAACGAACCAUCACUCGCGGUCCUUCAGUUCACCUUCAAUAACGAAAAGAUAUCGAGACAUUUCACUCCUAGACUCGACGAAGAGUUCAAUCAAGCAGUUCUGACGUCACGAAGCAUACUUUGUUGUCAAGUUCCCAUACUCCAGAUCGCAGCUGAUCGACAAAUGUUUUCCUUCAACGUGAACUCCUCGAGUCCGAGAGGAGACAUGCCCCAGAGGAUGAAUAUACUCCUUCGGGCACACACCGCUCCCAUUGGCUGUUGCUCGUACGACAGUAGCGCCUUAUCGCCCUCCAACUCCCACGCACCCUCCUCCUCGCAAGACUCCUUCUACGACGACGACUUCCGCCAGUUCCUCAAGCGCAUUCGGUCGUCCGCAGGGCCACGGGCGGCGGCAUCCACCCCAGCACCAAAGAGCGCCAGCAAUGCCAACCAGAAACCCUCACUAGGGCGCAGCAUAUCGACUAGCUCGGCUCCCGCCAUCGCCACUCCACUAGCACAUGUACCAGCACUAACCACAAUCAACAAGAUUCCCACAGAGCUUCUCCAGGAGGUCUUCAAACGCUGCCUCCCCAGCUCAUUCGAAUCCGCAGACCCCUACAUCACCCCGGAUGCACGCAGUGCACCACUGCUCUUCGGCCAGGUGUGCCAGCACUGGCGCGCGGUCUCUCAUACGUCGUCUGAGCUCUGGUCGAGCCUCGCAGUAAAGCACACGUCCCGCGCUGCUCACCGUGCCCUCGUGCGCGCUUGGCUCGCGCGCUCAAGAGGACGGAAGCUCGCGAUCUCGUUCGUGAGCAGUGUUCAUCUCCCUGCUACCCUCGAGGCGCCCUCGGAUCAGUCUGACGCGGGCGAAGGUGGCGUCCCAAGCAUCGCAGAGAUUCUCGCGUCGCAUGCCGAGCAGAUCCACACCCUCUCACUCCGCGCCUCCUGGCCUGUCAUCGAGUCCCUCCUCCUGCGCCUCUCACACCUACCCCAUCUCACCUCCCUGUCGCUACAUCAGCACCCAGGCUCCUACUCUGUGCACAUCACACCCGGGCUCCUCGCCUCCCCCAAGCUCCUCCCCGCCGUGCGCUCGCUCUCCCUCUCACGGUGCUCCGACGCGUGUAUCACCGCACAACCCGCGCUCGCCGCGCGCCUAACCACCCUACGCGUCACCCUGCAACGCGGGUUCGACCUCGCUGCAGUCCUCGCCGCGUGCCCAGCGCUGGAAGCGCUCACAGUGCGCACGCCGGGGUACCCAGACAACAACCUCGUGCAUCUCCCGCCCUCCAACGGGCACGGCGCACCCAGCGCCGAGUCCCCGCUCGUGCACGCGAACCUGCGCGCGCUCGAGCUCGAGCUCGACGAGUGCGCCGAGCGCUCAGCGUACCUAUCCUACCUCGCCGGUGUGCUACGUGCGCUCGCGCUCCCAGCGCUGGGGCGCCUGGCGUGCACGCUGUUGAACGAGGACGACGAGGACGUGUGCGUGUCACGCUGGGCGCUGCUCGGCGCUGUGCAGGGCCUUGCGGCGCGCGCGGAACGCCCGCUCGAGCGCGUGGCGUUCGUUGGGUUCGCGCCGGUGCGUCGCGCGAGCGAGCGGGAGCGCGUGGUCAGGGCGACGAACGCGAAGGAGGUUGGGUUUGUGCCUGCAAGGGCGCGGGCGGUGCAGAGCGUUUGUCAGCGGGACGAUACUAGAAUGAGGAGUAGUGCUAGUACUGCGAAGCUGAGGAUGGUGCAGGGGCUAGGGCUGGGGGAAGAGGGCCCGUGUUAUCUUUGAGCCCAAGGUUAACGACGUAGGUGGAUUUGAAUGAUGGCACGCACCCAAACGACGUAUACCCGAAUGGCACGCACAGUGGCCUUUGCUCUCUGCUCACUCUUGUUUCUUCCCCUGCAUCAUACCAAGCAUUCCGUCCGUUCACCAAUGAACCCAACUUCAGCCACUCGACAUCGUAUUCACUAGCAUUUGGCUCGCCCUUGCUUUGACUUCUUGCACGGGUUGCCGAGGUUGGCGGAGAUUCAAAUUCAAAUGGCCUUCCAUUGGAUGCUGGCACAGCCAAUCCGUAUUGGAGUGUCCGUGUCAGCACAUUGUGCUGCGUGCCGCGCUUUAAGCUUUAAGUUCGACGGUAACGAUGGCCUUCAAUUCAACUCGUGCAUCAUGCUAUCCAUUCG